AUGCCGCCCAAGCAAGCGAGUGGUGCUCGUAGUCGCCCGCAGGCCGGCAGCAGCAGGCAAGCCGCGGCGGCCGUAGGGGAGUCGAGCGACGCUGCUGCCUCCAGUGACCCGUUCGACUCUGACGACGACGACUCGCCUCCUCGCCGCCGCGCCGCCCAGGCCGCCGCCGCGAACCGCGAAGCCAAAAGCAGCGGGGGCGACGCGACUGCCGACAAGUCGAUCCCCAAGGACCUGCUCACGCGCAUCCUGCACGACCUCUUUGAGAAGGACGCCACUCGGGUCUCGCGCGACGCCAACGCGGCGGUGGGCAAGUACGUCGACGUUUUUGUGCGCGAGGCGAUUGCACGCACGGCGGUGGAGAAGAGGUCGGGGUUUCUCGAGGUGGAGGAUCUGGAAAAGAUUGCGCCGCAGCUCUUGUUGGAUCUCUGA